AUGCAGCCUACAAGUGACCACCUUGGUCAGGUGCAUGAUAGAGCAGCUGCCUCUGAAGCUGGAGUUUCCAGUCGGAUGAUGGCAGAAACCCAUCGGACAUCUCGAGAGAAUACUCUCACCAUGCGAUCAGAUGACUCUUGGGUCGAAAUAUCCUCGCAACCGUCUACAUCGUCUCUGUCCUCCGUAGCGGCCAGUGAUGAGAUCAUCACCACCGGGCUCCGUGUCCAGCGUCGUGCAUCGGACCCAUCUCACCGUUCCAGUCGGCGACGACGUCUCGAACGCCUUGCCGCAAUCACUACUGCUCAGGUCGAAUACUCAUCUAGAGAGCCCAGUGUAGCGAGCAGCAGCCAGGAUGAAUAUGAGGAAAGCGAGAGCGAGUCGGAUCGCAUUCUUACCAGCUCGAAUGAAGAUCUGAGGCUCCCGCUGCCCAGGCGACCGCGCUUUAUCCGUGCAGGCCCCUCCCCCGCUUUUGUGGACAUCUCCAGCGACGAUGAAGAUGAUGACGCCACCGCCCUUGGUAUGCGUGUUAACUCGACUCCGUUUGUCCCUCAACCCAACGCCUUUUCCCACCCUCCUGCUUCUCGAGAUCCUUCAUGGACAGGCCCGACGGAAUUGCGUCGCAGUCAACCCAGUGGGCCCUCUGAUUGCAGUCGCGUCACUGCUCUCCGAAGCCGUACUGAUAACGGCUCGAAUUCUUCUCGCAGACAACAGCAACAUAGUCCGUUCAACAUGGUUUCUCCAUCCUAUCAUGCGGACCAUGAUGCUGCUCUUCGUGCUAGUCUGUCCACACUUUUGUCCUGUGCGGCUGCCGCACGAGGGCUACCGAAGCAAGAUUCUCAGCCCGCUACCGUGGGCAUCUCUAGAGCGCAGCCAUCUUCCUUCCGACUGGUCCCUGAAUCCGUUGCAAUGGGUGAGGAGAGCAGUGAGGAGGAAGACCCUUUGCCAUCUGUGCCUGCUGUCAGGCCGCAGCGGUCAGAUAAGAUGUCGAAACCUGUAGCGGCUCGAACGACAUCCCCUACCUCCAAAGCUAAACGACGAUCAAGUUCUCCCAAAGACCGUGGAACGUCUCGCAGGAGCCGUAGGACGAAUUUGGCGAAUUCAACAGGCGGUCCGACAUUUAUGACUUGGGUCAUCAGCACUGGGGUGGUGGUUAUUUUCUCAGCCAUCAGCUUUUCGGCCGGGUACGUGCUUGGUCGCGAGGUAGGACGGACGGAGAUGACGCUGGCGGACGGUGGAGUGGGAGGCUUUUCAGGGAGCCGUGCGACGACUGAGUGUGUUUAG